AGAAAAAAGGCUGGGAGAAACAACAACAGGGUGGGAUCACAAGCACAAAUCCUGGUUUUAACACUGACGUUACACGAACCCAAGUGCUGACAACAAGUAUCAUGUCAUGGCCCUAAGAAGCUGAGAGCGGGAAGUGCCAUUUCCACCAAAAGGGAGUUUACACAGCUUGAUACUUGGUAGAGAAGGGUGGGGGGCCCAGGCAGACUGUGGACGGGGAAGGGGAAGAGCUCAGCUGGAGCCAAUGCAGCAGCAGCAUCGACAGCCUGAGCUGGUGGAAGGAAGCCUUCCCGUGUUUGUGUUCCCCACUGAGCUUGUCUUCUACGCAGAUGAGCAGACGUCUCACAAGCAGGUGCUCACCCUCUACAAUCCCUAUGAGUUCGCCCUCAAGUUUAAAGUGCUCUGCACAGCGCCAAACAAAUACACUGUGGUGGAUGCCACUGGAGCCGUCAAGCCACAAUGUUGUGUUGACAUAGUAAUCAGACACAGAGAUGUGCGGGCAUGCCAUUAUGGGGUGUACGACAAGUUCCGACUGCAGGUGUCGGAGCAGAGUCAGCGGAAAGCUCUGGGUCGCAAGGAGGUGACGGCAACGCUCCGUCCCUCUGCCUCACAAGAGCCGCCCAGCCCCCGACCCCAAGAUGAGGAACGCAGAAUCAAAGAGCAGUUUGCAGACAGCGAGUUUUUUGAACAGACUGCAUUUCAGUCAGAGAGCCGUCCUGUUGCUGGAGGACCCAGUCUGCUGACUGUGCUGCUUGGGCUGGUGUGUAUGGCCGCCCUGAUGCUCCCAACAUUGGGGGAGCAAGAAUCUACUGUGCCUGUCUACCUCCACUUAAGUGUUAACAAGAAACUUGUAGCUGCUUAUGUUCUUGGUCUACUUACAAUGGUCAUCCUACGCACAUGAAGUGCUGUGAGCUGAGAGGAGGAGGGAAAAUGAUCUAAAAGACUGAGAGAACAUUCUCACACCAGAAGCACUUCUAUGCUUCAAUGUGUAGAGCUGACAGCAGGGGGACAGGGUACUUAUUCACUUCGCCCUGUCCCUUGAAAAUACAUUUUAGCAUACUUAUUUUCAAAUCUACAUAUUUGUGUUAAUACAUACAUUUACACAAUACUGAACUGAUGCAAGCAGCGGAGACCUCUGGUGUUUAGGUCAAAGGAAAGGAGGUGUGAGAGGAGCUGUCCCUGAACACGGCCUGUGAAGAAACAUGAGGCCAUUCAAAGUGUUGUUUGGCCUCAUAUUCCCUGUGUCUGUAUUUCUAUUGCCAUUACGUAACAGAAAGUGGUUAACUUGAGUGUGAAGGAAUCUACAUGCAAACAUGAUACAUGUAUAUAAAGCCAUUAAAAUUUUGUUAUGGUAUUCACCUGUAACCAUCAUUAUAUUGAUGUUUUAAAGCAUUUUUAGUGUAGACUCUGAGGACUAAAUGCAGUUAUUUGCAUGUGUGGGUACCUAUCUGAAUGAGUUUUUAUGUUUUGCAGCAGUGAGAUACUUUUACAUGUCACCAAAGGAAAGCUCGUCUUUUGAAGACAAUGGUUUGUUUGCCGUACUAUAUCAAUGCUCCAUCAAACAUUUAAUAAAGUCUCCAUACAUCAGUCUGGUAUGUUUAUAGAUCAAAUCAGGGUUUUUAAAUCACAUUUUACAAGUUUGGUCAGGAGGGUGUAGAGCACACAAUGUGACAAUAAGGCUUUUGUUAGCUUUGUAAUGUUGGGUACUGAAAACAAUCCAGCUACAUGCUUUGGGCGCUGGGUGUUAUCAGGUUUGACAACUGAAAACAACACGAUUUGCCAUUGCUCAUCUACCACUUGGUUUCAGAGCAGUAAAUAAGGCUUAAGGAUGAUACUGUCUUACUGUGGAUAUGGGUGCAUGGUUCACAUUUUAAAUUAGGGCUUGAUUUAGUGCUCUGGUAAAAGAAAAAAAACAUAAUCCUGAAAUAUUUAAAACAGCUACACAAACAUAAUAAAGAAAUAAUUUAUUUAGUCCUGAUGUCCGCUACGAUGGCUAUCACAAAUAACACAAGCGUAGGCAAGGUGUUAGCCAGCUUGGCAGAUUACAGACAUACAGUAUAGCAUCAUCUGCUAAAUUCAUGCCCUGAAUGCUUCAGAAGAUGACCAAGAAAAACAAAUCAUCUUGGAAGUAAUACCUUGUUGGCAGCAGGGCAAGCCAACUGCUUUUUCCAUUUUCUUAUUUGUAUAAAAGAAAAAAAAAACAUUCAGUAAAUGAACUGCAGCCAAAAUGUUCCUUAAAUUAAAGGGCACGUCUCCAUAAAAUGAUUUACAAUCACUUCCUUUUGUACAUACACAUGAAAGGCUACAGAGCCAUGAAGGGGGUUUAGACGCAAGUUACAUAGGAGAUAUGGACAAUGGAGCCCCGACAGUGGAAAGAACAGCCAGCCUCAAUAUACUGUAUUUGUUGGAUUCAUUAAGAGAAAGCAGAUGUAAGUGUUACGUCCUUCCUUCAUUACACACAGGCUGAAACACAACAGGAUUGAGUAUCCUGUGCAAAAAAGCUUUUAAUAAAUGUAACCACAGCAGAAACAGCAGUCUCUUCACUCACAAUAUGAUGGUGUCAUUUUGUUUUUACCACACAUUCCAGCAGUCAGUUGAUUUGGUGUAAAUGACAACACAAAUGGGUCACUUUUACUGGGGACAGAAACCUAUCACCAUCCAAUUUUUAUAAUAAACUUUUUUUUUUUUUUCCAUAAA